AUGACAGGUAUCAGUUCCUCAGCAGCUACAGCCGGUGCAGCAGGAGGAGGAGCUUCGUCAGCAUCUGGCGAUGCAUUGACUGGAGCAGCAGCUACCAUGACAGGUAUCAGUUCCUCAGCAGCUACAGCCGGUGCAGCAGGAGGAGCAGCAGCGGUGCAGAGCACCACAGGCGCACCUGCAGGGCCCACGACCAGUAUGGUGAAGCUUGUUCCGUCAGAAAAGGAGAAGGCCAUUGCAGAGCAGCUCAUUCAGCACGAAGUGCCAGAGACAGUGGCUACACUGGGCAGCGUGGGAAACCUACCAAGCCCCAGUUUCGGCGGAUGCAUCAUCCAGGAUGCGAUGUGCGAGCCGCUCGACAUGAACUGGUCUCUGGGGGAGCUGGGAAGAGAAGCAGAAGAUGCUGAAGACUGCCAGCAGCAGUGCCGGGAGAAGGUGAACUGCGCCUGCUUUACGUACUACGCACAUCUGAAAGCGUGCCACUUCGCCUCUGCCAUGUCCAACGUCCGGAAGCACACACCGGGUUUCGUGGGUGGGAAGUCUUACUGUGACAAACCCUUGCAGGGUCUUCACCCUCACACUGUGAAACAGCUCAUUCUGAAGAGGAAGUGCAUGUCGGAUGUCUCCUUCUUGCAGGCGAUGUGCACGAUUCGUGCACCCACCGCGUACCUUGACGAUCCCGUCGACUGCCAGCAGAGGUGUCAAGACCACCACUGGUGCAGCAGCUUUGCCUACAACACGCUGACGAAGAGCUGUGACCUGCAAUGCGCAAAUGCAACGCCGAUCCAUGCGCCGGUAUACGCUAUGUCCGGACCCAAGACCUGCAGCUUGAGCCUCGUGCUCGGGAUGACAUUGACGUGUCCAUGGAACUUUGACUAC